AUGCCCGAACAGCAAAAACCGAAAUUGCUGUCUCCCGAACCCAAAAAACCAAUCACAUCUCUUACAACUAAUACUGAUGACGAUGAUUCGGAGGAAGCCCGAAUCAAGGCUAUGUUCAAACAGACGACCGAGCAGUGGGAACAACAGCAGGAGAAAUUAGCUGAAGCGACGCCGAUAUAUAAUAAUAAACGACGACAACCACAUAACACACCUCAAAAUACUCCUCAGAAAAUCCCACCACCUAAUUAUGUUUGUUUCCGAUGCGGUACUAAAGGGCAUUACAUCAAUAAUUGUCCGACAAAUGGCGACAAGGAAUACGAUAAAAAUAAAAUCAAGAGAACAACCGGAAUUCCAAGAAGUUUCCUGAAACAAGUUGACGAACCAAAGAAAAACGGAACCGGUGGGUUAAUGGUCACGCCACAAGGCGGUUUGGUCAUAGCAGUCGCUGAUAAUGCAUCGUGGGAACGCCACAAAGCAAUCACGCGAGCACCACUGGGCAACAACGGUGACAUCUACGAACAAGCUCCAGUAAAACCGGAAAUGGAAUGCACUCUAUGUCAUCACCUACUGCGAGAAGCGGUCACCAUUCCAUGCUGUAAUAAAAACUUUUGUGAUGACUGCGUGAGAAAUUAUUUGCUCGAACAUAAUUUUGUUUGUCCGUCUUGUGGCACAACCGAUCAGAUUCCCGACAGUUUAGUACGAAACCGUACGUUGAGAGAGGAGAUUGAAAAGUACCUUAAAGAAUAUGCAAUCAAACUCAAGAACGCUUAUUUGUUAUCGACAGGAUCAACACCGAAAACACCACCGAAAGAUAUCGACGAUUCUGGUUCUAAUAUUACUAGUACUACGACAAAUAAGA